GAGAGUGAUAUUUAUCAAACUGGCGCAAGCAAAUCAGAGACCUGAGCUCGAAUACCCUGCCCUCAGCAGAGGGACUUUUUUUUUUUACUCCUCAGCAGUCAUCGCUCUCGAACUCCGUCAGCUAGAAGCCUCUCUCUUACGCCAUAAGUUUUGUUUUGGUGCCGAUUUUGAAGCACAAUCCCAACAUAAUCUGGUGAGAAGAAUGGUUCCUUGUGUUCGUUCUCGGUAUGUGAGUGUAGAUCAGGACCUGCCUGAUCCAUCUUGAUUCCCUACCUCUGGAUGGAGCUCUCAUCAACUGGAGGCUACAUUCUACCACUGCGAAAGACUCCAAGCGGUGCAGCCUGGAGAUCGCUGAGGACGGUACCGCUUGGAGUACCAUGGAAAUGGUUCUGGACCUCAAUUCCACAUGGACGUUCUCGCUGUGGUUGUUGGGACUACGGUUGCAGCGAUGGCCUUAAGACUGCGAUGACCACGUGCGGUUUUACACUCAGGUCUCCUUUAGUGAACAGUGGACUAGUUCAACAAACAGACUUCAUAUAAACACCAUAAUGACCUUUCUUUUACUCUCACACUAUCCGUCGUUACCCAGAUGAGGACGGGUUCCCUUCUGAGUCCGGUUCCUCUCAAGGUUUCUUCCUCGUAUCAUCUCAGGGAGUUUUUCCCUCACCACCGUCUCCACCGGCUCGCCCAAUAGGGAUAAAUCCACACGCUUAAAAUCUCCAUCCUGUGUUUAUAUGUUUCUCUAAAGCUGCUACGAGACGAUGUCCGUUGUUUAAAGCGCCAUGCAAAUACAAUUGAAUUGAUUUUUUUUUUUUUGUGAAAACGUGAAUGUUAUUUCAAUGUGUAUAUCAGAACACUAAAAUAAGCUACUCUGAAUUUCAAGGAGGUUAAUUCAAAAGUAAUAAACUACCGAAGUAACCUUUUUAAACUAAUAUAAUUCAGUGCUAUGAAUUCAAUGGUGUUUUCACUUCGUUAUUAAAAAUGUAAUGGCUUUUAACGUUACAUCAUUACGUCUCUUUUUUUUUUUCUUUCAUCAAUACAAAUCGGUGUGCAAGUUAACGCCAGUGUCUUAACUGAUUCGAUAUUUCAGUACAGGAAGCCUGCAGUCUUUUUAUGAUGAAAAAAUACCCAAACACAGGAAACCCAUGAUCUCUGUUGCUUCCACUUUGGAAAAUGAGUGUGUGGACUUCCUUCCUUAUGACACGCCUUUACAUUGGACCCGAAACUGAAAAAGUCUGAAACUGAAAUGAAUCAAGUGAAAGCACAAUGAACUCAGUGUGCUCCAGUCGUGAAUUUAACGCCUCGUGCUAAAAACUAUUUGUAGUUUUUUACAAACCAUCUGAGGAACGUUCGAGGACAUGCCCAUGACGCACCAUGCCAAAAAUUCUUCUCGACGGAUGUUCGUUCAUACCAUUCUGGUCUUGGCGUGUCAUCUCCAAGCGUGUGUGAGCGAGUGUGUGCCUGCAGUGUUAGCGAGCCGUAAGAAACUGUACAAACCCGAAGGGCAAAGCAUAUCUCUGUGGUGUGACGUCCAGCACUGUGGACAGAAAUGGACAGGAGGAUGGGGGAUCCGACGAGGACAUUUCGUUUUCCUCACCGCAUCUCCACGAGUCCACCUGUACAACAAAACCUUCACGUACGAUACCACGCGCCUCUUCCUCGACAUCCAAAACCUCAACCAAUCAGAUUCUGGGGAGUACCAAUGCAAAAUCGAGUGGGAGGACAGCAACAGUCUGGGUCAUGUCACCCAGGUCAACGUGACUGCAGGUAGCAUUGAUCACUUCAUGCCUGAACCCACAGGGAGGAAACUUUCUUACAGGUUGUUGGUUUGUGGUGCAGCCAGUCUGUGUUUCCCUCUGGCUCUCGCUCUGGCCUGCUGUUUCUCCUGCCGGCCUGCACCUCCGGUCCCUCCUCCACGCUCCCGAAACACCACAGCUCGGGUCAAACCAAAAGCUGAUGUGGUGUAUGCGGUUGUGGCUCUGGAUCGUCCAAGACAGCAGAGAACAACUCAAGCAAGGACGGCCGGUACGGCAGUGCUUUACUCCACUGUGAACUUCUCCAACGCUUAAUCCUCACAGGAGGACGUCUGGUGCUUUGAACACUUUCUAAACGCUUUCACGCUGUGAUUAAGGGGUUAUUCUCAGUAACUCAGGAUAAAAUAACGACUCUACUGGAAAACAUCCUUAGAAAGCGAACAUCUUCUGAUCGAUCAGAAUUAAGAAUCUCACGGCAAGACUGUAAAAAUGAAACGAAUACUUUAGCUUAAAAUGAAAUGUACAGUUUGCCCACUUACCACAGUGCAGCUGAUCAGCCAAAACAUUUACGCUCCUGUUUUGCUGUAUUUAGCUAUAAGGCUAAUGUGGCUAGCAAGUAAUAAAAGCUUAAGGCUACCUGUUUAGCAUUAUGCAAAUUGCCUCAAGAUUAUCUCAAUCAGACUAAUGUGAUUUCCAGCACUGUAUGACACAGAUAUAUAUGUUGUUACUGAGUCAAAUGUGUGAUGACUGAUAUAGUUUGCACCAUGCUAAUCACGCUAGCCGUACACUUACAUCUCACACUGUAGCUACAUUAGCCUCUGAAGACGUGAAUAUCAGACACCAAACACUGAAUUAUUGACGGUACAAUUGGAAAAAUAUUUUUCAAUUGUACUUUUGGCUAAACUGUUCAUUUAAACACACGGCUCAUUGACUGUUUGCUUUAAAGGACGUAAAUCGCUAGCUAAUUGUUGUGCCCUCUUAAUUGUUUCUUACAAACCAGUUGAAAACAUGCUUAAGAUCAUAUCUGUAUUAUAAUUUUUUAAAUGUAAAAUGUGAAAAUGUGUAAAUAAAUGCAAUACAAUGUAAAAAUAUAAAGAGCUCAAAACA